UUAGACUCAGUCUGCUGCUGUUUGAUGCUAACUUUCACUCAUUAGUUUCAUCAAGGAAGCAGGCUCAAUGUCUUGAAUCUGUCUUAGAGACAAGAAAAAAUGAGGGUGUCCACUAGUGUCAGUCUUUAUGUAGGUGUGCUCGAUGGCACAGAACCAUUUCUUUUAACAUUAGGAAAUACACUCGAUGAGCUUAAGUUAGCCAGUUAGAUUUGUCAUUCCCUGAAUGCCCAGUGGAGAGAUAUCCUACUGGAGGACAGGUAUAACAGCCUUCUGGAGAUGACUGCACAAGGGAAGCAGAAUAGCUUCAUUCCUCAAAUGGGGACCACAUCAGAAAGCUGGAGUGGGCUUAGAGAGAGCUUAAGUGACACUCAGAUGUUCAUUUCCUCUUCAAACCAAUUGUGACUUUGUUUUGGGUUACACCAAUAGCUUGUGGCAGAGAUAGAGCUGCACUAGAGAUUCUGGAGGCCAGGAAACCACUUAAACACUGGGUCUUCCUUUCUUCUCACAGCAUCAAGUUCUGCUGAUCUGCUGCCACCCCAAAAGCAGGUCUGUCUGAAAUCCCUCAUGAUGAGUACUUCAACCAUGUCAAUCUUCCUUCCAACUGCAAGCAGUCAGGUUCUUGGGACUAAUCAGAGUGUGGCUGUGGGAAAGACAGAGCCAUCCUAUGCUGUCCUCAAGUUCAUGGAGAGCUUCUGCCUCAUCAGUGCUGCCUGUGGCAUGGUGGGUAAUGGCAUGGUGCUAUGGUAUCUUGGCUUCCGCAUCAGGAGAAACCACUUCACAGUCUACAUCCUGAACCUGGCUGCUGCCGACUUUGGGUACCUCCUCUGCAUUGCCAUAGAGACGGUUCAGUACCUGAUGCAGUUCAACGUGGGGGUGCAGUUUGGGAUAUUCCUCUUCCUGGAUCUUUUCAUGUAUGGGACUGGCUUGUACCUCCUGACCGCCAUCAGUAUUGAGAGGUCCCUCUCUGUGCUUUGUCCCAUCUGGUGCAGAAGUCACCGCCCAAAGCACUUGUCUGCCAUCAUCUCUGGCCUGCUCUGGGGUAUCUCCCUGCUGCUGAACACUCUUGGGUAUGUUUUGUGUUCCGUGCACCGCUCUGCUGGGACCUGCCAGAUCCUGCUCAUCACCAUUGGAGCCUUGGACUUCAUAUUCUGCACACCCCUCAUGCUGCUCUUCAGCCUUAUCCUCUUCCUUAGAGUCAAGUGCAGCUCCCAACACCUCCGAACGGGCAGGCUUUUCACCGUCAUCAUGCUCACCGUUCUCUUCUUCCUCAUUUUUGCUGUGCCUUUGAGUAUCCUGAUCCUCUUUGACUUCUUGGGCUACAAAUUUCUCUACUCCCCAGAGAUCGGUUUCGUGCUGUCCUGUGUGAACAGCACCCUCAACCCUGUCAUUUACUUCCUGGUGGGAAGCUACAGGGAUCGGAGAAUCAAGUUUACCCUCAGGCUGGCAUUCCAGAGGGCCUUUGAAGAUUCAGCAGAUGACAAAGAUGAGCGGGAAACCCAUGACACAAUCACUAUGUCUUCCUAAACCCAUCCUGUGCAUAACAGCAGCACUGGUCUGGAGCUGAG